UCUCCAGGGUCUUCCCGGUUGUACGCCCCCUCCCAACCCCGGCGUGCCCUCCGGUCCAGGCCGGCCCCCCAUACCCCCUCCACACCCGGGCGCCCACCGGUGCCUCCGGGCCACUAGUUCCGCGCGUUCCUGGACGGAGGCGCGCCCCGGAGUGGCUCGGACGCGGCCCCCUUGUUCCUGCAGCAGCCUCCUGGGCCCACGGGAGAUGGCAGAUUGAAGUGAGUGAAUUCAGAUAUAUAACUCAACCUUGUUAGAGGGCUUUUUCAAAAAUAAAAAGUUGAUUCGGUGCAUGAGAGCAAGUUACUGCUGCUUACCGUUCAGAGACUUACAGGUGCUUGCCUGCAUUGCAAUAAAGGACUCAUAUACUGAGCAAGACUUAUAUUUAUCUCUUCGUUUUGGAGAGCCUAAUAAACUGUUAUUACAGUUUCUCUACUGACUUUCAAAAGUUUUAAAGUUUGAAAGAGACAUCUUUACAAUUAAUACAGCAUGAGCACGGCCAGAACAGAGAACCCUGUUAUAAUGGGUCUAUCCAGUCAAAAUGGUCAGCUGAGGGGCCCUGUGAAGCCCAGCGGUGGCCCUGGAGGAGGGGGCACACAGACACAGCAACAGAUGAACCAGCUGAAAACCACCAACACAAUCAAUAAUGGCACUCAGCAGCAAGCACAGAGUAUGACCACCACUAUUAAACCUGGUGAUGACUGGAAAAAGACUUUAAAACUCCCUCCAAAGGAUCUAAGAAUCAAAACUUCGGAUGUGACCUCCACAAAAGGAAAUGAGUUUGAAGAUUACUGUUUGAAACGGGAGUUACUGAUGGGAAUUUUUGAAAUGGGCUGGGAAAAGCCAUCUCCUAUUCAGGAGGAGAGCAUUCCCAUUGCUUUAUCUGGUAGGGAUAUUUUAGCUAGAGCAAAAAAUGGAACAGGCAAGAGCGGUGCCUACCUCAUUCCCUUACUUGAACGGCUAGACCUAAAGAAGGACAAUAUACAAGCAAUGGUGAUUGUUCCUACUAGAGAACUUGCUCUACAGGUCAGUCAAAUUUGCAUCCAGGUCAGCAAACACAUGGGAGGGGCCAAAGUGAUGGCAACCACAGGAGGAACCAAUUUACGGGAUGACAUAAUGAGGCUUGAUGACACAGUGCAUGUGGUGAUAGCUACCCCUGGGAGAAUCCUGGAUCUUAUCAAGAAAGGAGUAGCAAAAGUUGAUCAUGUCCAGAUGAUAGUAUUGGAUGAGGCAGAUAAGUUGCUGUCACAGGAUUUUGUGCAGAUAAUGGAGGAUAUUAUUCUCACGCUACCUAAAAACAGACAGAUUUUAUUAUAUUCUGCUACUUUCCCUCUUAGUGUACAGAAGUUCAUGAAUUCCCAUUUGCAGAAACCUUAUGAGAUUAACCUGAUGGAGGAACUAACUUUGAAGGGAGUAACCCAGUACUACGCAUAUGUAACUGAGCGCCAAAAAGUACACUGCCUCAACACACUUUUCUCCAGGCUUCAGAUAAACCAGUCAAUCAUUUUCUGUAACUCCUCUCAGCGAGUUGAAUUGCUAGCCAAGAAGAUUUCUCAACUGGGUUAUUCUUGCUUCUAUAUCCAUGCUAAAAUGAGGCAGGAACAUCGAAAUCGUGUGUUUCAUGAUUUCCGAAAUGGCUUAUGCCGCAAUCUUGUUUGCACUGAUUUGUUUACCCGAGGUAUUGAUAUACAAGCUGUGAAUGUGGUAAUAAACUUUGACUUCCCAAAGCUGGCAGAGACCUAUCUCCAUCGUAUUGGAAGAUCAGGUCGCUUUGGUCAUCUUGGCUUAGCCAUCAACUUGAUCACAUAUGAUGAUCGCUUCAACCUGAAAAGUAUUGAGGAGCAGCUGGGAACAGAAAUUAAACCUAUCCCAAGUAACAUUGACAAGAGCCUGUAUGUGGCAGAAUACCACAGCGAGCCUGUAGAAGAUGAGAAAGCCUAACAAGCAUGCUUUGACAAAUUGCAGAAGGCUCGUUUGGAUCUGUGACACAUCGUUUUGGGGGGGUGCUCUUCUCUUUGUGGGUUUUUCAUCUUCUUUUAUUUUGGAACUAUGAAGACUUAAAAGAGCUCAGACAUUUUUUCUUUUUUUAACUGGUGAAGAGAAAAAAUCUGAAAAGAAGGAAUUUACCUUUUUUGUUCCACUUGUUUGCACUGUGUGCUGACUGAACAUUAGUUGCACUAACUGCUGGUUUUUAAAACGUUUUCUGAGGAAGGGGGACAAGGAAGGAAGAGAAAGAAGAGAAGGGGAGAAACCCUGAAAAGAGAAGAAUCUCGAUGAACACACAGGCUUGUCUACGAUUUCAGAAUUCUCCAACAGCUGACUCUUGAGUGCAUUUCAACUUCUCCCUGAUUACUCAUCCGUUUUUUAAGCCUGAAGAGCUUAUUACUUAUUUGUGCGAAGUGCCUUAUGCUAUGAGACCAUUCAGAAUAUCAUCUUUUAGACACAGCCCAAGGAAUCAACAAUAGUAAUUCUUUGCUUUUUUUCUUUUUUCUUUCUAAAAUUUUUGUCUUCUCAUUUAGGUUUCAAGUUGAACUCUCUCUCUUCCCUUUCUAUCCGAUACUCAAGCCCAGGGCUGAAAGAUGAAACGUAUUAGUAAUGUUAAACAUCAUUUCUUUUUGUUUAUAUGGAGGAGUUGAUAUGCAACUGCAGUUCAUCCGCACUGUAAAUACAUGUAUUUAAAAAAACAAUCCCAAGUAAAAAUUUCUUCUGGGCUGAGUAGAUAAAACAUCAUCGCUCCCAAAGGAAAGAGCCGUCUAUCAUUGCAGGAGCCAUAUGACAAGCCUUUGUGCUCUAUAGCAGAACACUAAAGACUGGUUUACAUACGCCUCCAUUAGCAGUUAUGGCACUUGAUGUGUAGACAUGUCAGAGCCUUGACCCUCUUUCCUCUGUGGCAAAGCGUGUCCCAUAGAAAACUGGGUGUGUAUACUUGUAUAAACUUUGUAAAUAAGUUUUUUUCUGGGUUCAUAUAUAUAUAUAUACAUAUAUAUAUUUUUUUUUUUUUGGAUGAAGGUUGCUGGGAUUAAGGGGAUUAGAGUGAUUAUGGGAGCAGCUAAAGAUGAGAGGGGCUCAGUUUUCCGCAACACUAAAUUCUAAAAAGUACUUUGGCCUCUUACUGUAGAGAGCAGACCUCUAUGCGGACCCUAAGUUGGAGAAGGGACCCAGAAGUCUGGGAUUCACUGUUUGCUGCCACAGUGUCUCAUCUAGUACUUUUGGAGGAGGCCUGCCAGACAGAGCGAGGAAGCUUCAAAAACUGUAAUUCAAGAUGUUAUUUUUGAGAAGCUCUCUCUGAUGUUGCUUCUUCCCCCUUUUAAAAGUUUGAGGAACUUUUCAAGCUCAACAAAAGGGGACAAAGAUUAAUCUGCCUUACAGUGUGGGAAUUCGAUUGAGUGGCAGUGUCUGAGCAGUAUAUGUAUAAAGCAUGAAUUUGCAUUUCAGAACAUUAGCCAGUACCAGCUUUGGUAACAUUAGCAGUUCUGGGACUUACUUUCUGUGGAUCACCUCCCGUACUGUGUAAGUGUGUUGCCCUCUGCCCACCUUGAUACAUAAACUUGCAGGAAUGGGCAACCCCUGAGAGCUGUUAACUUUAAUGCUACAGAAAGCUGCUUGCCAUCCUGCUUUGUGACGAGAAUUAUCUGUCAUUUUGCAUUGUAAAUUGCUGGCAAAUGCUUUACAGUCAAUAGUGUUGCUUUAAAUUGUGCCCCUCCCAACAUGCUUGAUGUUUGGCCUGAUCUCCAGGCAAAAGGAGUGAGAUGAAUCAAAAACCAGUGAACUUUUUUUUUUUAAUAUUUUUAAUUCCCUUUAACCCAGUGUACUAGGUCAAUCAGGAGGCAUCUAGAGUGAAAAAAAAAAAGCAAAAAAUAAAA